AUGAAACUAGUUAGCCCAGUCCUGGGUAAGUUAGUUAGCUAAGUACCUUGCUAACUAACACAACCCAUUCAGUCAAGCUAGUAGCUAGCGAACGUUGUGAUUUCUUUCUCCAGGUACAUAUGGAACUGUUUUCAAAGCAAAACACAGAGAAACGCAUGAAAUCGUGGCUUUGAAAAGAGUGAGAUUGGAUGACGACGAUGAGGUAGGAAUUUUUUUGAGACUACAAAUAAAGGUACUUUAGGUUGCUGUCCAACUGGUUAGCAUAUUUUUUGACGGCUCAAUUUGGUUGCUGCUGUAUGCUGGGGCGUAUUCAUUACGCAGAUAUGUUGCAAAACGUUUCACACACACACACUGCAUCAAGCCAGAAGAGAGCUCCCACUGCAGGUAAACACCAGCAUCAAACCUUGGCACACCACUACAGGUGGGAUAUGUUCACUGGUCUGUUUGAUAGGACUCGAGUUUUCAAAUGACACCAGUUUAUGACUGCUAGUGAUUUUACAGUGACAGUUGGAGGGAUGCACAGGUGCCAGGGAGGGACCUACCUGAAAUUAGGACCUACCUAAAACUCUUGUUUUAGUAACUGUUUGGCUAAUGAUUACAACCCUUGUUUCUUGUAGGGGGUCCCAAGUUCUGCCCUGCGAGAAAUUUGCCUCUUGAAAGAACUGAAGCAUAAAAACAUUGUGAGGUAGGUCUGAAGUGAAAUUAGUCAAAUUCUGAAAAUACAUAGCUAACUACAUUAUUUUUGCCAUAGCAUAGUUAGACCUGACUCAGUAAGUAAGUAGUAGUAAGUUACUUUUCAAGAGUGUUAUAAUUAGCAUUAGAUUAAAUAUCUAGCUAUGCAAAGAGUUUAAUUGACAAUUAAUUUUGCUUUCCCUAGGUUGCAUGAUGUUCUGCACAGUGACAAGAAGUUAACAUUGGUAUUUGAAUUUUGUGAUCAAGUAAGUGUUGCGCUGUUGCCAGAUGUAUGCCGAUUACGUUCUUGUAUAAAGAGGAGUUUGUAGUUGCUACAGUUAUGACAAUUUACCAGUAGACUUGACUGACCAUUUAAAGUAGAUGUGACCGCAAGUUCAACUGUAAGGGUUUUCUACCUUUCAUGUGUUUGAUAUGAUGUGAAGAAAUGUAAUGUUACUGGCGUAGGGCUGAUUGAACUUGUGACUUUUACAACCACAGGAUCUAAAGAAAUAUUUCGACAGCUGCAAUGGAGACCUAGAUCCAGAAACUGUCAAGGUGAGUCAUUGCGAUUAGGGCUGGCACAAUUAUCAUGUAACUGACAAUUAUGGACAAUAACGUAAACUAAAACAAUUAUCAUCAUAAUCGUCUUAAUACUAUAUAUUAAAGUAGAUAUAAUAAUAAUAAUAAUAUGCCAUUUAGCAGACGCUUUUAUCCAAAGCGACUUACAGUCGUCAUUUACUGAACACAGUUUUUCAUUUUUACAUCAAUUGGGUAAAGUUGCAGAACGGUUAAACCAUUCGUGUUUUUAAAUAGAGAUGUUAUCCAAGCUGUGUUGUAGAUACUUUUCUAAGAUGCAUUAUGAUCCAUGACAAGCUCAAAAUACUUUUCUACAAAAAUGACAGUUGUGACAAUAACCAUGUCCAUUUGUAUGACAAUGAAUUGUUACCCCAAAUUCCAUAAUCGUCACGGCCCUAAUUGAUAUUCAAAUAAGGAGCAGAAUAUGGCUCUAAUGAUGUCCCAUCAGUAGAACUCAGUCCCUCAAGGAUUUUGCGCUGUUUUAUUUUUUGGGGUGAUAUUUUUAUAUAUUAGCAGGUUGUUUUUUUUGCUUGGCAAUAUGCAAUUAUUUUGUAAAUUUUGUCACAAAUGCACUGACGAGGGAAAAAGUUUGUUGACGUGUGGCUUGAUUGAACCAUAUUAUGUGCUAAAUGUGCAGUGAUUGGUUGAAAUUGCUAACCCUCUUUUAGUUUUGCGGUGAUUGGUCAGUUUUAUACGAUAAUAUUGUGAUGAUUUGACUGUUUUAAUGAUGUGAUUUGUCCAAUUUGCAAGCCCUCGCAUAAUAUGCAGGGGAUUGUUGACUUUGCCAAAAAAAAUUGCAGUCGCAAAAUUAUGGUAUAACUCCAAAGAAAACCUCCAAUGACUAUCUCAUUGAUAGUGAGAAUACUGUAGUAUUACUGCCUUGUCUUUCUGUAUCUCUGUGCUUAACUCAGUCUUCCCCUCCUUUCUGUAUGUGCAGUCGUUCAUGUACCAGCUGUUGAAGGGGCUUGCCUUCUGCCACAGUCGGAAUGUUCUCCAUAGAGACCUGAAACCACAGAACCUCCUCAUCAACAGGGUAAGUCAGUGGAAUGUUGACUGUUUAAGUUCUAGUUCUAGAAAGUCAGAGUACACAUUGUGCUGUAUACUGUAUACAGUGAGGGGAAAAAAGUAUUUGAUCCCCUGCUGAUUUUGUACGUUUGCCUACUGACAAAAACAUGAUCAGUCUAUAAUUUUAAUGGUAGGUUUAUCUGAACAUUGUGAGACAGAAUAACAACAACAAAAAAUCCAGAAAAACGCAUGUCAAAAUGUUAUAAAUUGAUUUGCAUUUUAAUGAGGGAAAUAAGUAUUUGACCCCUCUGCAAAACAUGACUUAGUACUUGGUGGCAAACCCUUGUUGGCAAUCACAGAGGUCAGACGUUUCUUGUAGUUGGCCACCAGGUUUGCACACAUCUCAGGAGGGAUUUUGUCCCACUCCUCUUUGCAGAUCUUCUCCAAGUCUUUAAGGUUUCGAGGCUGACGUUUGAGAACUCGAACCUUCAGCUCCCUCCACAGAUUUUCUAUGGGAUUAAGGUCUGGAGACCGGCUAGGCCACUCCAGGACCUUAAUGUGCUUCUUCUUGAGCCACUCCUUUGUUGCCUUGGCCGUGUGUUUUGGGUCAUUGUCAUGCUGGAAUACCCAUCCACGACCCAUUUUCAAUGCCCUGGCUGAGGGAAGGAGGAUCUCACCCAAGAUUUGACGGUACAUGGCCCCGUCCAUCGUCCCUUUGAUGCGGUGAAGUUGUCCUAUCCCCGUAGCAGAAAAACACCCCCAAAGCAUAAUGUUUCCACCUCCAUGUUUGACGGUGGGGAUGGUGUUCUUGGGGUCAUAGGCAGCAUUCCUCCUCCUCCAAACAAGGUGAGUUGAGUUGAUGCCAAAGAGCUCGAUUUUGGUAUAAUCUGACCACAACACUUUCACCCAGUUCUCCUCUGAAUCAUUCAGAUGUUCAUUGGGAAACUUCAGACGGGCCUGCAUAUGUGCUUUCUUGAGCAGGGGGACCUUGCGGGCACUGCAGGAUUUCAGUCCUUCGCGGCGUAGUGUGUUACCAAUUGUUUUCUUGGUGACUAUGGUCCCAGCUGCCUUGAGAUCAUUGACAAGAUCCUCCCGUGUAGUUAUGGGCUGAUUCCUCACCAUUCUCAUGAUCAUUGCAACUCCACAUGGUGAGAUCUUGCAUGGAGCCCCAGGCCGAGGAAGAUUGACAGGUCUUUUGUGUUUCUUCCAUUUGCGAAUAAUCGCACCAACUGUUGAAACCUUCUCACCAAGCUGCUUGGCGAUGGUCUUGUAGCCCAUUCCAGCCUUGUGUAGGUCUACAAUCUUGUCCCUGACAUCCUUGGAGAGCUCUUUGGUCUUGGCCAUGGUGGAGAGUUUGGAAUCUGAUUGAUUGAUUGCGUCUGUGGACUGGUGUCUUUUAUACAGGUAACAAACUGAGAUUAGGAGCACUCCCUUUACGAAUGUGCUCCUAAUCUCAGCUCGGUACCUGUAUAAAAGACACCUGGGAGCCAGAAAUCUUUCUGAUUGAGAGGGGGUCAAAUACUUAUUUCCCUCAUUAAAAUGCAAAUCAAUUUAUAACAUUUUUGACAUGCGUUUUUCUUGGAUUUUUUUGUUGUUAUUCUGUCUCUCACUGUUCAAAUAAACCUACCAUUAAAAUUAUAGACUGAUCAUUUCUUUGUCAGUGGGCAAACGUACAAAAUCAGCAGGGGAUCAAAUACUUUUUUCCCUCACUGUAUCUGUCUUAGCUGAAACAGAAAUACUGUUGCUUAGUUAGUGAGAAAAUUAUUUCCCUUUACAUAGCCUACAAUGUGGUAUGGUUUGCUUAAUUUAGAAUGGGGAAUUGAAGCUGGCUGACUUUGGCUUGGCUCGAGCCUUUGGAAUCCCAGUGAGAUGUUACUCAGCAGAGGUGGGAUAUUAAUUACAUGUUUAUAUGCAAUUACGUGAUUAAUUGGGAUACUGGCAAACAAUUACUGGUCUCAAGCUUCUCUCUCUCUGUAGGUUGUGACGUUGUGGUAUAGGCCCCCAGAUGUGCUCUUUGGUGCUAAGCUUUAUUCUACCUCCAUUGACAUGUGGUCUGCUGGAUGCAUAUUUGCAGGUAUGUGUAACAUCAAGGUCAAAAUUGCACUGCAAAUUCAAGGUGUUCACUCUAAACCUGUGUUAUAAUGCUCAAAUAAUUUGGGGCCUCUGCAGACCUGCCAACCUGCACACGUUGCUGUGUACCAAGCACAUAAUUUGAAGUCAAAGUACGCUGGUACGAAAAAACGACCCUAACAUACACAAAAAUAGGCAUCUAGUUGGCACAUUGUGCUUUUUGACUCAGCCUUCUGAAGUUGGAGCAGAGACAAUUAGAGGACAGGCGAGGAGAAAAAACGGAGAGGAAGAGGUGAAUACAAUCUUUGGAAAGAAUCUCUAGCCCUCGGCUCCGGCGGCCGCUGUAGUCGUAGUGCUAUUUUCCUCCCUGGAGCUGGAUGGCUUCUCUCCACUUCGCGUUGAUACCACUGAUGUAUGAGGAAAAGGGUAUGAAAAAUUGUGAAGUUGAACAAACUGUUUGCCAAAUACAUUGACUAACAAAUUGUAUGAGUUAGGCAAGCUCAUAACCAAUAUUAUUUCGUAGUUGGCGCUUUAACUAAGGCGUCAUUAUAACGAAGGUAUUUAGCUACAACAUUUAGUCAACUAAGCGAGAACACUUUCUUGCCCGCACAGGCUUUGAUCUCCGCAACGGUAGUAGGCGCGAGCGCAUUGACUAGCAAGGAAACGUGCUGUGUUGCGUAGAUGGAAACAGACAUGACAGAGAGAGCUGUUCCGCUAAUACCAUCCUUCACAGGUUAUGUUAGACUGUUAAAGAUUAGUAGGCCUAUGUUAAUGAAUAAGUUCUUAAUUGACCUUUGAUAUAGCUGUAUGUCAACAAUAGGCUGCUAAUGAUGUGAUAAUAGCCCAUCAGUUCACCGAUGACAAGGCAUGUUGAAUGAAUGGUAGUAGUCAGACCUAACUUGAUGGAUUGGGUAAGGGAUGGAGAUCUGAAACAAGCUCAUAUAGGCCUAGUUCAUUUGUUUCAUAUUCCAAAUAGCCUACAGUAAGCCAGACUACUACAUUGCAUCCAGUAAUUGUGGGCCUCUGUAGCUCAAUUGUAGCUCAAUUGGUAGAGCACGGCGCUUGUAAUGCCAGGGUAGUGGGUUCGAUCCCCGGGACCACCCAUACGUAAAAAUGUAUGCACACAUGACUGUAAGUCGCUUUGGAUAAAAGCGUCUGCUAAAUGGCAUAUUAUUAGUAAUUGAAUUAAUUUAGAAAUAUUUCCGAAAACAAAAUUAAAGACACUUUACGUUUUCACAAGACUAUCCACAUAAAUACACCUAUUAAUUAGAAUAAUCAUUAUCCCUAAAUUUAACCUAGAAAAAAUGUGAGUGUCAUUGAGACCACCUCAAUUUCAUUUAGGAUCAAAUACCUAGACCAGUGUUUCCAAACUUCAGUCCUCCUGUACCCCCAACAGCACACAUUUUUGUUGUAGCCCCGGACAAACUCACCAGAUUCAACUAAUUGAGGGAAGGAUGAUUAGUUGACAUGUUGAAUCAGGUGUGCUUGUCCAGGGCUAAAAUUAAAAUGUGUACUGUUGGGGGUACUCAAGGAAUGGAGUUGGGAAAUACAACUUCACUAAACAACUGUGUUGGCUACAUUGUUUUAUAUAAUUUAAGACUCUCGGUUUCAGGAAAUGGCAGUUACAGGUUUUUCAAAGUGCUCUUAACUUCCACUGACAUUAACUUUUCUAGUGAGCUACUGAAGACCAGCCAAUUACCAAGUACCCAUAACAGUCUAUAGCCGGGCUCUCCAACCCUGUUCCUGGAGAGCUACCCUCCUGUAGGUUUUCGUUUCAACCCCAGUUGUAACUAACCUGAUUCAGUUUAUCAACCAGCUAAUUAUUAGAAUCAGGAGCGCUAGAUUAGGGUUAGAGCGAAAACCUACAGAACGGUAGCUCUCCGGGAACAGGGUUGGAGAGCCCUGGUCUAUAGCCUACCAUUCCUACUGAGACGGGUGCAUUUGCCUAUGAUUUGAGCUGUGGGGGUGUCGCACGCGCGCUGCCAUGGGUUCUGUGGCUGGUGGUGCCAACGCCGCGCUGAAGUGGUACUCAUAAAAAUGAUUCAAGGUUGGCAGGUCUGCCUCUGCCUUUUUAAAAUCUUCUGUAACUUUGAUCAAUUUGAUAAUUUUAGAGUUGGCAAAUGCUGGAAGGCCCCUGUUCCCGGGUAAUGACGUUGACGACCAGCUGAAGAGGAUCUUCAGAUAUCCUUUCAGAGAUGUUUAAGAUAGUUACCCACCAAGUUCAGUACACUGUCCAUUUGUUGUGUGGUAUGUAGAAACUAAACACAGGAACUGAAGUUGGUGCACUUUGAAUCUAUUCUAAUGACUAAACUUGACGAGUCCUAUUUAGUGGUGAAAGUCGUUCCUUAAUGCUGUUGUGGCACAUUGUUGGGUACACCAACUGAAGAACAGUGGCAAACAAUGACAAAGCUCCCAGACUACAAGGUAGUCUAACCCACUCAUUUUUUGUAAAUUACAGUUGAUCAUAUAGAAAUUCAUGUUUUCUACUGCCUGUCAGAAACAUUUGAAUAUAUGAUUUACAAGGUAUGAGAUUAAUGGCAGUUUCCAGAUCACAGAUUCAUCUCUAAUAGAAGGAACUCAUAUUUUCUGUGCUGCUAUCUGUUUGCAUCCGUUACCCCUGUCGUUCUUUUUGCCUACAGCCGUACCCCAUGUAUCCAGCCACGACCUCACUGGUGAAUGUUGUCCCCAAACUCAGUAGCCCAGGACGAGAUCUGCUGCAGGUUAGUAUUGCCCCCCAAAUGACCAGUAUAUUGGCCAUAUAUCACAAACCCGAGAGGAGCCUUAUUGCUAUUAUAAACUGGUUGCCAACGUAAUUAGAGCAAUAAAACUAAACGUUUUGUCAUACCCGUGGUAUACGGUCUGAUAUACCAUGGCUUUCAGCCAAUCAGAAUGCAGGGCUCAAACCACCCAGUUUAUAAUAUUCAGUAUACAAUGUAUUAUCAUGCUAUACCAUCCCAUGAUGUUAACAUCAAUUUACAAUCCAAUGUCCUUCACUCUUCUAUUGUAUAGCUCUGAAUUCAUAUGUUUGCACAAAUACAUAUGUGCAAACCCACACAAGUGGCGUUAAAACAAAAUGCAUGUGUCUAGAGUUUUGUGUGGUGUGUAACUGGCAGACCGCUUAGCUGGGAAUAUAAAGUUACCACCAGGUGGAGCUAGUGCAAGGCUUUUCCCAAACGUCACUUGAAUCAAAGACCGUACAGUAUGAAGAUACUAGGCUAAAACUGCUUCUCCAAUAGAAAUCCCUGAUCACACUUGUUGGAGAUGUCAUGGCGACAUUGGCUAACAAAGCUCAUGUGUAGAAACACGUCAAAAGGUCUUAAAGGUCGGCGCUCUUUUUUCCUCUUUUAGAAUCUUUUGAAGUGUAAUCCUGUCCAGAGGAUCUCUGCAGAGGAGGCAUUGCAGCACCCCUACUUUGCUGAUUUCUGCCCACCGUAGAUGAGAUGCCAAAACACACGUCACUCAACAAAACCUCAGCCAUCGGAAUCAAUCCUCUUUCACUCCAUCUUUUCAACAGGACCUGUUUAUCCUGACUCCCUGCAAGACUCAUCUUCCAGCAGCACCUGUUUUAACUAAGAGACUUCCCUUCAGAAUAUCCUGUUGUGCCUCCUAAUGGAAUUAAGUCCUUGUGGGCUCUGCAAGAUUUUAGAUCCUGUUAGCAAGCCUGUUUGUCUUCUCAUUGUCUGUUAAGCACAGUAAGCGCACUGACAUGGAAACAUAACAUGUAGCAAUGAACAAUUCUGGACCCGGAGAAACAGUGAAUCCUUCUGAGCCAAUAGUUGCACAGCAGAUUAAGCAGUUUGAACAAUUGAAUUAGUGUGCUGCAUAAUGUACUGGCAAAACUGUAGUUAUUUGGAUACAUUCCUCAAAUAGUGUUAAUGUACCACUGCUGGUAACUUGUCAAUAUUGCAUUAAUAGGUUAUGAUAAGAUUGGAGACAGACAGACUUGCAUGUCUUCCUUGUCCUUCAUCAUAGUCUUAACCAUUUUCCACUUUAAAAGGAGAUUGUAAAAGAGGGGGAGGUUUAUUUAUAUUUGUCAGUUCUCAGGCUUUCUUUUUAGCUUUUAGUAUUUGAUUUUUUUUGUGCACUUUUGGUAAAUGGCAUUUCCUUUUUUAAUAAUUUAGAUCUCAUCCGCUCUAUCAAGUAAAGUUGAACACAAAGUUGGGGUAUUGUCGAAGUUGGGGUCAAUAGAUAUGUAUUAUGAACAGUGGACCAUACGUACUUGAGUAAUUUGCUUUUAUUUUAGUUUCAUUUUGUAACUUUCUACCAUCUUUUAUCAUUGACCUGAUGUCUUAUAGCUUAAUGAAAGUGAAGUGAGAGCGGAGGAAAUCCAUUGAUACCUGUAUUACCACAUUACGAUUGUUUUGCACCACUGACUUUAGCUGUGUUCACUCUGAUGGGUAACUUAAUUUUGGCAAAGAACUAGUACGUUUUGCAGUGUUAUUUUACUCCAGAUAGUCGCUACUUAUCCCACAAAAGCCAACGUUUAACUCAUCUUUGAGGUUGCUGUCAGCUACCAAAACAUUGGUUUUGAUCAAUAGGGAAAAUAUUUAUUUUGAUAUAAGAGAAAGAAUUAAUAGAAUGCAUGUAUUUAUUGAUAAUUGAAUGUCUGCUUAUGUGUGCAUUUAGUAUUUUUAUUUACACAACGCAUUACUUUUCAUGAGUUGCAAUGUUCUCCUUAUUAAAAUAAUGUAAUGUGUGACAGUUAGAUCCAUGGCAAUUUUACGGCUCUGUAUAGUAUGCGUUAUACUUUGGCGGUGUGUAUGUUUGCAUCCGAGUUGAGAUAGAACAGUUGGGACAUCACAAGAUUCCAUUAUCACAUGUAAAGA